GCACACGGAUCUAACCUACGGUUUCAAAAUGUACGGACAGAACCAAGGAAACCAGUACCCUCCUGGUUAUCCAAACAAUCCUCAGCAGAUGCCAGGGGGAUUCCCUCAAUAUCCUCCAGGCACUGUCCCAGGACCAAACUACCCUCCUCAGCCCUACGGUCCACACGGAGGCCAACAGGGACAUGGACCUGGACCUGGUUAUGGUCAGGGCCAAGGACAGGGAUACAGACCUGGACCUGGUUAUGGUCAGGGCCAAGGACAGGGACAGGGACAGGGACAGGGACAGGGACACGGACCUGGACCUGGUUAUGGUCAGGGCCAAGGCCAGGGAUAUGGACCUGGACCUGGUUAUGGUCCAGGCCAAGGACAGGGAUAUGGACCUGGACCUGGCUAUGGAAACGGCCAAGGACAUGGACCGAGCCAUGGAGGGUGCCAUGGACCGGGCCAUGGACACGGCCACAGGCACAGGCACAGGCACAGGAAUGGUCACAGGCAUGAGCGAUGUCACAAGAAAGGAAAUCACUCUCGGGGGUCCUCCAGCAGCUCCUGCAGCAGCGACUCGGACUAGAUAAAGAUUCCUGGGAUAGGAGGAGGAGGAGGAAGAAGACAAGAUGGCACCUGGAGACCUUCAUCCUGCUACUAUAUAUUAUAAUCAAUCAAAGCAUUUAUACGAAAAAAGUAUUCAGAGUCUCUGACUCUCUCUUGACAUCCAUCCAGGAUCCAACAAUGCUGGAUGUUUGAAAAUGAUUUUAGAUUAGCCAUGUUAUGACCGGUUGACAUGAUCUGAUGCUAUUAAGCUUUUCUUGAUAUUUCAUAACUUUGUUGAGAGAGACGCAUUUCAGACAUUAUUGUAUCCAUGAUUGAGUUUGUGAGAAACAAAGUGCUUUCUGUGUAUGAUACAGCUAGUAAAGUAACGAUGCAA